UUGCAGGACCCUAGUACUGAAUUUUUUGUAAGGUCCUUGUGACAAUUAUAUAUGGAUAUGUGAUAUUUGAGGAUUCUAAAUGAUUCGCUUGUUAGGUCCCCUUGACAACUUUACAUUUGGGUAUUAGAUUUAGUAUAUUUAUUGUUACCAUGUGGACACCAGAAUUAGAAGUAAAUUUGUUUCAUGCUUUAAGAGGCCAUAAGCCGACAGGUAUUAAUAGAUUUUUUCACAUGGCUUGCAUUCAUCAAAAGCUAGUAUUGAACUCUGAUUCAAAAGAUAUUUCUUCGAAAGAUGUUUGGGACCAUUUACAUGAGAUGUAUAAUCUUGAAACUCUUAAUGAACUUGAUGACCUUCCUUUCAACAAUGCAACUCGAGAUUUUAUGCUACCUGAAGAAAUGACAAAUCCAGAGUUAAUGAUGUCUGCACCAUCUUCUCCUGCAACAUCUUUUGCAUCUACUGAUGAUUCCUCAGCUCCAUCACGCCCUACAAAUUUAAAUUUAGCUAAUAUUAAAAACAAUCCAUUGCUUUCAACUCCUGACAGCUUAAAUUCUCCUAAACGAAAGAGAAAUGCAAGACAAGCACAGUUAUCUGGAAGUUCCCAGCCGUCAUCUCCUGUUACUCCAAAUGCAUCAAAAAGAAGAAGAUAGUAUAAAUCCGUUGUUUCAUUUGUAUUUAUUUGCUAUCAAAAUUGCCAUCUGAUUUUUUAGAGUA